AGCCGCCCUCUCUUUACGCAGCCCUGGUUUAUGAGGGAAAAUGUAUCGUCUCGGCCAACAGACUCUCUCCAAGAUCGCUUCCGAUUCCUUUUUAUCUACUGUGCCACGGGAAUAUUUUCAUUUUACGAGACAAUACAAUAAAAGCUGGUCGUGUAUUGGCUGAUUUUUGAUCAAAUUAGGAACUUAUCCGCACGAAAAUGCCGAGGACCAAGAAGAAGAACAGCAGGGGAGGGCAGCAUGGACAUGUGCAGCCUUUCAGCGAUGAGGAUGCCUCCAUUGAGACCCUCAGUCAUUGCAGCAGCUUCAGUGACGUCACCAGUGUAGCAGAUGAAGGUGGAGAGGCCAAUGAGGACACAGCCCAGGAGGAUUUCCAGUACAAGUUGAAAGGGUUCAUAGACAGCACUGUGGACAAGAGUGCUAAGACCAGACAAGGGGCGCUGGAUGGGCUUAAGACGGCGCUGGCCACACGGAUCCUGUACGAGUUCAUCUCUGAGAGGAGGAUGACCAUCACAGACAGCAUCGAACGCUGCCUGAAGAAAGGCAAAGGUGAUGAGCAGCGAGCGGCAGCUUCUUUAGCCUGCCUGCUGUGUAUCCAGCUGGGCUCGGGCAUCGAGAGUGAAGAGGUGUUCAAGACCCUGAAACCCAUCUUCAAAAACAUCCUGGCAGAUGGAUCAGCAAACAUUCAGGCCAGACAGGCAGUGGCGACAAGUCUGGGCCUCUGUACUUUAGUUGCAGAAGAUGACAUUUUGGAUGUGCACACUACCAUGGAAUGCUUCGAGAACCUGUUUACCCGGUCCUAUGCGCGGAUGGAUGGUACGAUUCCUGCGAUUAAUCCCCAGACAAGUGCGCUUCACACCAAUGCGCUGCUGUCCUGGGCGCUGCUACUCACCAUCUGCACCGCCAAUCAGCUCAGAGACAUCCUGCGCAAACACCUGCCUAAACUCCCAAGAUUGCUUGACAGUGAAGAUGUCAACAUGAGGAUCGCUGCAGGAGAGACAAUCGCCCUGCUUUUUGAGCUAGCAAGAGACAUGGAUGCUGAGUUUGAGUUUGAUGAUUGGGAUGAGCUGUGCGAUAAACUCAACGCGCUGGCUACAGACUGUAACAAGCACAGAGCCAAGACGGACAAGAGGAAGCAGCGGUCGGUUUUCAGGGACGUGCUCAAGGCUGUUGAGGAGGGUGAUUUUCAGACAGAGACCAUCCGCUUCGGGACAGAGCGCAUGACUAUCGACAGCUGGGUCAGGAAGAGGACCUACGAUGCCUUCAGAGAGUUUGUAGGCUCUGGGAUGAACUACCACCUGCAGGGUAAUGAAUUCAUCAGAGACGUGUUUGAAUUGGGACCACCAAUGUUGGUAGAUUCAGCCACGAUGAAGGCGAUGAAGAUCUCUCGCUUUGAAAGGCAUCUCCACAACUCUGCUGCAUUCAAGGCUCGGACCAAGGCCAGGAGCAAGUUCAGGGACAAGAGGGUGGACGUGGGAGAAUUUUAACCCUUUUUUUUGUUGACCCUAGGAUCUAUUUAUCAACCCUCCCUGCUUUUUAGAUGAAUUGUCCUAACAUUGUUUUCACACUUAACUCCUCUGAGAUGAAUUUAGAGUCAAACCCUCCCCGGCUGUAGACUUGAAACGUGGCUUUGUCACAGACACUCUGCUCUGUUUUAGACAAACAUUCCUUAUUAAUCUACAUUCAAACCUACAGGAGGCGAGUGUUUUGAUAAUGAAACCAUAGUUUUUCAGGUGGAGUCUAACUUAAAUGUAUCCGCACAUGAAUAGUUUUUGUACAUAAAGUGUAUAUUUUCUCCUCUCUGCAUUAAUAUCUAUUUGUGGCCUUUUUUGGUUAUGGACAUAUGAAAUAAGUUAUAUAAUUUUGGCAGCAUUUUUAUUUGCUUUAUAUUGAUCUGUUUAGUUGAUAGCAUUGUCAUAGAAUAUGUUAGUGUUCUAACCCUGAUGGAUUUGUAUUCUGUUGCACUACCUUGCUAACCCUCAGCAGGUUAUUUCUGUAGACUAGCGGUGACUAUUUUGUUGUCUUUUAGUGUUGGUUAUGUACUCUAAAGGGCAAGAACGGUGAAAUAAACACUGAAAAGCUGUAAGAAAUGGAUCU